AAACCGUUUCCUUCCCGCUAGCCUCUCGGUCUCCAUCAAUUCGACCUUCCUCUUCGUCUCCUGACUGCUCUUCCUUCCCGGCUGCACGCGACGCCGCACGCCAUGGAGCAGGACGGCGGCGCGUCCCGACGCCCCGUCACCUCCGGCACCAUCGUUGACGAGCUCCCGCCGGUGCUGCCGUUCAUCUGCGUGCAGUGGACGGCGCAUCGCUUCUACGGCCAGGUGAUCUCCUGGACGGACAUCUCCGUCUCAGACGGCCCCCCGCGCGAGGACGACAUCAUUCAGCCCCUCCCGAUGCCCGCCUUCUUCUGGCCUCACCUCCGCCGUCUCGCUCUUCAUCGCACCACGGCGCGUGCCACCGUAUGCGUCGACCAGUACGUGUUCUUAUUCAUCCAGGGGGAACACGGGAACCUGGAUCGUCCACUCGACGCUAGCAAUGUGCAGUCGAGCGCCCGCUCAAUCCUACAGACCGACGAGGGAUUCGCGGUGCCCGGUGGAAACCCGCCUGGCAUGAACUACAUUGGCCGCACGGGCCAGGUUGCCGCGGCCUUCGGAGAGCACGUGAUGGCGGCGACGCGCCGCACCAGGGAUGCAGACACAGUCAUGCCCGCCCGCCCGCAGCGGGUGAGGGCGUCUCGGUGGGACGAGGUGGCCUGCGUGUGCACACGCUGCGCUGACCAGAUGUGGUACCGCCCGUGCUGCGGCGAGGUCUCCUGCAGGCUCUGCGACGUGGUUUACCACCGCCCCGGGUGCACCCGAGCAGGGCGUCCCGUCCUAGUGCCGCCGCUGUUCAGGACGGAGAGCGGGCAGCGGCCACCCGGUGCCUUUGUGCAGCUGGCGCACCCCGAGUGGCAGAUGUUCAGAUACAUCUCCGGCGAUCGCUACGUCCUCACCUCCUUCUACCAGACGGAGGACGCCCACUACUUCCACGCGGACAGGGGGAUUCGAAUUCAGGCCCAUCUGUACAGGCGGGACAGCCCCACGAGCUGGGCGUGGAGGCUCGAGUUCGUCUUCACGAUCAUGCCCACCGGCCCCGUCGACAUCGUAUGGUGGGUUUAUCUCGCGCCGCAGUACGUCUAGCAAACAGUGGAUGAUCAGUAGCUCUAGCUAGAAUCCCUCUGAACUUGAGUUUAGUAGAUGAUCGGUAGCUCUGGAAAGCCUCUGAACUUGAGUUUAGUAGAUGAUCGGUAGCUCUGGAAAACCUCUGAACUUCAGUUUCGUAUAUGCCUGUGCGUUAAGCAUCCUCUGCUUGAUGUAUCUCCUACAUUCGGAACAUCAAGUACCGCAAGUUAAGUUCUCCGAGUGAUUUUUGUAGAGCGAAACUUCGCCUUUACUGGUCGGUGUG